AAAUAACCAAAACAAUAAAAAGUUAAGAACCCUAGCCUCCAUUUCUGUCUAGGGUUUCUCUAAGAGCAACAAACAGAGAGAGAGUGAGAGAGAGCCACUGUGAGCAAAAGAGGCACAGAGAAACUCACUUGCCGUCACCAUGGGUCGUAUGCACAGUAGAGGUAAGGGUAUUUCGGCUUCGGCUCUUCCGUACAAGAGGACCCCACCCAGUUGGCUGAAGACUUCUCCUCAGGAUGUUGAGGAAAAUAUCUGCAAGUUUGCCAAGAAGGGUCUGACACCAUCUCAAAUUGGUGUUAUUCUUCGUGAUUCUCAUGGGAUUGCACAAGUGAAGAGUGUUACUGGGAGUAAGAUUUUGCGUGUACUGAAGGCCCAUGGGCUUGCUCCUGAAAUUCCUGAGGAUCUGUACCAUCUCAUCAAGAAAGCAGUCUCAAUAAGGAAGCAUUUGGAGAGGAAUAGAAAGGAUAAAGAUUCUAAGUUUCGGUUGAUUCUGGUUGAGAGCAGGAUUCAUCGCCUUGCUCGCUACUACAAGAAGACAAAGAAGCUUCCACCUGUAUGGAAAUAUGAAUCUACCACCGCCAGCACUCUUGUGGCUUAAGUUAGAUGUUUUCUGGUAAAAGUUUUGGAGGCUCCCAUGAAUGUACUCUUGAACGAGGAGACUUAAAUUUUUUUUCAGUACCCAAUGGUUUGGCAGAUUUUGUUGAAAGAGCUUUGUCAGGAUAAUUUUUAUGGUUAAACAAUUUGGCUGUUGGAAUGCA